UUCACAGGCUCCUCCUUGUCUCCUUGCUUUGACUUUCCCGCCUCCUGCGAGCUGUCAUCCUCUGUUGCCAUUUGAAUGUUGGUGUAGCACUUGCAAGGGAAGAAAACCUCACUUCGUCUCUCAGGAGGGAUCCAGGGUGUUAUGGGAACUGAGCACUCGAAGAACGAGGGGCGAAGGAGCAAGGUUUUUCUGAGGAAAGGUCCAAAGUUGCCUGCAUGGGAAGAUGCUCUUCUCUCAGGGAAGGAGCCCAAGUCACUGCUGAAACGGGGAUUGCGUUAUGUCAGCGUGAGCCUCAUAAUGAAAGGGAUGACCAGCACGCCUGACUUCUUAUGGGGACUGCCCGAGGUACAGAAACUAAACCUUUCAUGCAACCAGCUUGUGGUGAUUCCUCCUUCGCUGGGGAAACUGGACAGGCUGGUAGUACUGAACUUGGGUGGCAAUUGCCUCAAGCGUCUGCCUAAAGAGAUUGGGCUGCUGAGGAACCUGAAGGUUUUGUUCGUCAAUAUGAAUUGCCUAACAGAAGUGCCAGCAGAGCUCAGCUUGUGCAGGAAGCUGGAAGUUUUGAGCCUCUCACACAACUGCAUCUCGCAACUACCUUUGAGCUUCACUGACCUAACAAGUUUGAGGAAACUGAACCUCAGUAACAACUGCUUUGUGCAAAUUCCCCUCUGUGUUUUUGCGCUGAGGAGCUUAGACUUCUUGCAUCUAGGGUCCAACAGGCUUGAAAACAUCGCAGAGAGUGUCCAGUAUCUGGUCAAUCUGCAAAUCUUCAUCAUAGAGAAUAACAAUAUACGCACCCUGCCACGGUCCCUCUGCUUCAUCACCAACCUGGAGUUACUAAACGUCAAUUACAAUGCCAUACAGACUCUACCAGAUGACCUCUACCUGCUACGCCGGCUGCCACGCAUCGCGUGGAACCCGAUAGACAAAGGCCUCCACAUUGCUCACAACCCCUUGUCCCGGCCCCUGCCUGAGGUCGUUGAGGGGGGACUGGAUGUCCUCUUCAACUAUCUCAGGGAGAAAAAGGAGCACAACUGA